AUGUUUACUACUACCAACAUUGUUCUCAAUAAUAUCAUUGAAGACGGGACAACUUAUGCACAAAGAGGUGAGGCUUAUGGUGUUAGUAAAAUAUUAUUGUCAUUUGAAUUUGUUUUCACUUUGCACUUGAUGAAAGAGAUUAUGGGAAUCACUAAUGUUCUUUGCCAAGCACUGCAACAACAAUCUCAAGAUAUUCUUAAUGCAAUGCAUAUUGUUUCUACAUCAAAGUUACUUCUUCAACAAUUAAGAGAUGGUGGAUGGUGCAAUUUUCUUGCAAAUGUUAAAGAUUUUUGUGAAAAGCAUGAAAUUGAAAUCCCUAAUAUGAGUGCACAAUAUGUUUUUGGAAGAGGUCGAUCUCGUCAACCAAGUGUGACAGUUGAGCAUCAUUAUCGAAUAGAUGUAUUCUUGGCAACAAUUGACUCUCAAAUACAAGAGUUGAAUAGUAGAUUUAAUGAGCAAAUAAUAGAGCUUUUGACUUUGAGUUGUGCUUUGGAUCCUAAGGAUAAUUUCAAAUCAUUUAAUAUUGAAGAAAUUAGCAAGUUAGCAUAG